CUGAAAUCAAACUUCACCUCGGUCUGUCUGAAGAGAAGCACCUCGCUUGUCGACGACAGUAGGCUAACUUGGAUGGCAACGUAACAGGUUCCUCCUGGCAGGGACUCUCCUGCUGCACUCACCACUGACGGACAUCCCAUUGGCUCUCCAGUCCACUCAGUUCCUCGAGGCAGGGACUCUCCUCGUGUACUCACUGAUGACGGAUCUCUCGGCUCUACUUUCAGCUUUGACGGCUCUUCUCUCAGCUCUCUUUUCGACUCUCCUCUCGGCUCUCCAGCAGCCCCUCUCCAUGAUGAAACUGAACAGGUGACAAACAGGGAAAUGGAAGCCGACGAUGGAUCUCCUCUUGGCUCUACACUCAGCUCUCCAGUCCACUAUGUCCCCCGAGGCAGGGACUCUCCUCGUGUACUCGCUGAUGACGGAUCUCUCGGCUCUACUUUCAGCUUUGACGGCUCUUCUCUCAGCUCUCUUUUUGACUCUCCUCUCGGCUCUCCAGCAGCCCCUCCCCAUGAUGAAACUGAACAGGUGACAAACGGGGGCUUGGAUGCCUUGUUGACUGCCCGUAGUAAUGUCUCGAAAGCUGAAGCUCUCCUCAUGCUAAUGAGUUACAUUGCAAAGCAUAACAUCACAGGUGUCCAGCUCACUGAUCUCCUCUCACUGAUCAACCAAUUAUUUGGUCAUGAGGUCCUGCCUAGGUCUAAGUAUCUCUUCAACAAAGUUUUCAAUGAACAAUCCAAAGACAUCUCUUUCCAGAUAUAUUGUCAACAAUGUAAACAUCUCAUUGGCACAAGUCAUGAAAUCACUAACAGAAAACAUUGUGUAACUUGUGGGACUGCCUUUGAAACAGAUAGACUGAACGGUGGUAGCUUCUUCCUCAGCUUACCUUUAGACUCGCAGAUCCAGGCCUUUCUUGAAAACAGUGAUGUGUCCAGUCAUUUGAAUUAUCGUUUCAUUAGAACAAAGAGUAAUCAUAAUGCAAUCAGCGACAUAUAUGAUGGUGUGAAAUACAAGGCACUUGCAGGGCCGGGUGAAAUCCUCUCUAACCCAAAUAACUUGUCCUAUACAUUUAAUUCAGAUGGAUCACCUUUGUUUAAGUCUGCCAAAUUUUCUAUGUGGCCAAUUCAUAUUAUGAUCAAUGAACUUCCGCCUGCAAUGAGGUCAAAACACUUGAUUUUAGCAGGCCUGUGGUGUGGACCCCGUGAGCCGUUGAUGGAAAUUUUUCUCAAGCCUUUCGUAGAACAAGCAAAGAAACUGGCAAAUGUUGGUGUAACUUGGAGAAAUCAAGGUGAGCUUGUCAAAAGCAAAUUAGUUGGCCUUUGUUGUAGUGUCGAUUCCAAAGCAAGGCCACAGAUGCUGAAUACGACCCAGUUCAAUGGCUACUAUGGCUGCAGCUUUUGUUUGCACCCGGGAGAAAUAGUGGGGAGAGUCAUCAAGUACCCGGUCUCUGCUGAUUCUUACGAAGACUGCACAAAUGAGAUGAUGCUACAGGACAUGGAGUUGGCUGGCAGAACUGGCAGAACUGUCAGAGGUGUUAAAGGUCCAACACCACUGAUAAAUUUGCCUUACUUUGAUGUUGUUUGGGGCUUUGUACCUGACUAUAUGCAUGCCACAUUACUGGGAGUUUCAAGGCAAAUUACAAAACUUUUAGUUGACAGUACGUCCUGCCGAGAACCGUACUAUGUCGGUAGUCCUGCCAAGUUGAGGGUGAUUGAUGCCAGAAUUGUGUCAAUCAAACCACCGCAUUUGAUCACUAGACUUCCUAGGAAAUUGUCUGACCGAAUUCACUGGAAAGCGACAGAAUGGCGGAAUUGGCUCUUGUUUUAUUGUGUUCCAUGUUUGAGUGGGUUUUUGCCAAAACAGUACUUGGGAAACUUGUGUCUGUUAGUGUCUGCUCUCUUUCUUCUUUUGCAAGAUGAGAUUUCUUCAGAUGACAUCGGCAAAGCCGAAACUUUACUCCUGGAAUUUACAUACAGGUUUCAAAUGUUGUAUGGUGAGUCAGAAAUGACAUUCAAUGUUCAUUUGCUCAGUCAUCUCGGAAAGUCUGUGAGAUUGUGGGGUCCGUUGUGGGCUCAUUCAGCCUUUCCUUUUGAGAGUGCAAAUGGCUCUCUGCUGAAAUUAGUCUCAGGAACAAAAGCAGUUGCCCAGCAGAUAGCCAAUAAGUACCUGGCAUACAGCUCAAUUCCAAGCUUUGCUUUGAAGUACUCAAUAAAAGAUCAAGUGUCUGAGUUCUGUGCAAAAAUGAACAAUUUUCCAACCGUUAAGAAAGCUGUCAGAUGUGAUGACUGUGUACUUCUUGAUAAUGGCAUGGUCCACAUACUUAGUCCAGAAGAGCAGAUUUUGUUAGCUGGCUACGGGUUGUGUCCUCUGAAUGAAGUUGUUGUUCAUAAAAGGAUGCUAAGACAUGGCUUGAUAUUCACAAGUAAGGAAUAUACACUGUCUCGAAGACGGAAGGAAUGUUACGUCGAACUAACCAGUGGUAGGUGUGGAGAAAUUGAAAAGAUUAUAUAUCUACCCAAUGAUGAUGUGGUGCUGAUUUUUAAGCCAUUUUAUGUGGUCCAUGCUUUCCCAUUGUUGCAUCCAUAUGGCUUUGUUCCACAUAUCAAACUGGUUGAUCAUUUUGAGCCUUCCACACUUGUGCCAGUGGAACACCUCAAAGGUAAACGCAUGUGCUUUUCAGUGAGUGACAACCAAUACAUGUGUUCCUUUCCAAACACUCAUGAAAGAGACUGAAAGCGAAUUCUGUGACCCAAAGUUGAGGUUACCAUGUUACCAGUUGUCUCAUGCCCCUCUUAGUUGGCCAUGCAAAUUGUGGGCUGACCUGGACUGCCUAGUCUUGCUAGCGCCUGGCAGACCAGCCUGGGCAGCCCUUCUGCCUUUCAAGCUUGGUCUUUGCGUCUUGCGGGGCUUUGUCCUGAUUGGCAAGUAUAUAGUGUACAUUUGUAAAUAGUUUGUUGGUUGCAUCAAAGGAGGGUAUGAGAGAAAACAGGUGUAAAGUGGUGAUUCUUAAAGGAACGUCAUAUGGACUCACGAUUAUGAGGGAAAUGUUUGCAUCAGUUUAGCCAAAUUCAGAGCCCCUCUUAGUUGGCCAUGCGAAUUACGGACUGACCUGGACUGCCUGGCUACAUAGUAUCUGCCUUUGCGUCUGGCGGGGCCUGGCUUGUGCUUCAUGGUUGGAUCUUGCGCCUGGCAGACCAGCCUGGGCAGCCCUUCUGCCUUUCAGGCUUGGUCUUUGCGUCUUGCGGGGCUUUGUCCUGAUUGGCAUGUAUAUAGUGUACAUUUAUAAAUAGUUUGUUGGUUGUAUCAGAUUAGAUUAGA